CGCUGAGCUGCAUUGCACUCUCUUCAGCUCUGCAGAGAGAAAGAGAAGUUUUUGAAUCAGGGUUCAAGAACAAGAAGAAGACAGAUUUUAUCCAGAAAGAAUCAUGUUUGAAAUGAGUAGAGGAGGGAUUGGAGGUAGAGGAAGAGAUCCAGUUGCAGCAAUAUUUACAGUAUCACAAUGGAAAGAACUUCAACACCAAGCUCUUAUCUUUAAGUAUUUAUUGUCUGGACAUCAAGUUCCACCUGAACUACUUCUUCCUAUUCAUAAUAGUAGCUUCUAUUUUGAUUCAACUUCUUCUUCUUCGCCUUCUAAUUUCUUUCUCACUUCUGCAACUGCUACUACUCCCAUGGAAGGAUAUUAUGCAUCAUCAUAUUAUGGGAAAAAGAUGGAUCCAGAACCAGGGAGAUGUAGGAGAACAGAUGGUAAGAAAUGGAGGUGUGCAAAAGAUGCAUUCCCUGAGUCUAAAUACUGCGAACGGCACAUGCGGAAACGCAAGAACAACAACGCCGGUUCAAGAAAGCCUGUGGAAAUCCAUACUAGUCUCUCUUCAAUGCCUACUACGCCUUCAUUGUCAAGGAUUUCAGCUUUGACAUCACUCAGUACUGGCGGUGGGAGCGGGAUGACAACUGCAAACAAUGGUGGAAGUUUCUUCCCUUUGCUUUCGAUGGGUAAUAAUAAUGACCAAAGGUAUUCAUAUGCAACAAAAUCGCAGACGAGUGAGAAUGGUUUCUUCUUAAACACUUCUCGAAGUGCGAAGGGUUUUGGAAUGCAGUCAUCUCUAGACAACACAUAUGGUUCAAUUUUACCUCAAGCCACAUUAGUCUCUCCGUCAAAGCUGAGAAAUGGCUCGCUGUCUCUAAGUGACUACCCGCAGGCACUCACACUGCAAGAUCUAAGGUAUGCGACCAGUACCAACAAUCAGCCGAAACAACCUGCUCGACAACAGUACUGGUCCUUUGAUUCUGAAUCAGCCUCACGAGAUACCAUGAAACAUGAUAAUCAAUCUCUUCAAGUUCAAUCCUCCUACGAGGAGUGGCCUAAUAAAACCAGAGACUAUUGGUUAGAUCAAAAUGACAACUCUGACCACAGUCCAUUCUCCACCACGACUCAGCUUUCAAUGUCUAUGCCAGUUGCUUCCUUUGGCUCCUCUGCGGCCAGCUCUCAUUCCCCUAACUGAUUACGGAAACAAAAGUCUGCCUCUGAGUUACUUCACAGCGUUGAAGUAUACAUACAACAGAGACCAAACUCAAGUUUCAUGGUUCGAAUAAAAAAGAACAACAGUAUUCUGUUGUGAAUGUUUAACUCGCACUUUCAGGUCUUCGGCCUUUCUUUAUUCUAAACCAGAAGGAUAUGUUGAGGUUCACUGGUUCUACUUUCCAUGACAUUGAAUUGUAAGAGUUAUAUAUCAUGACAAUACUUAUGCUGUUGCAGCUACAAUUUUCAGAGUAUACAUUCUCAUGUGUCCUGUAUUCUAAAUUUCAAAGUACCACAGCUUGAUUUUAUGAUGUUCCCAGAAAAUUUCAACUGGCUCCAUUAAACAUCAACCCAGAAGAG